ACUUCCCAGGGAAUUGAGCCCGCGCCAAACGCUCAUCGGAUUUCAGCCAAAGAGCGGCUUUUGAAAAACCCUAGACCUUCGUCUCAGAUCAACUCCUGGAUUUCCACCAUUGCUCUCUCUCCGUUUCUCGCAACUAGGGUUUCCGCCUGAGAUCGAAUGCGGAUUUAACUACCGGCGUGUCGAUACCGAGUAAUGGCUUCUUUGUUCAAGGAUCCAAACAAGCUUUCAGCAUAUCGGGAUAGAAGAUUUCCUGGAACACAGGAAGAAUUUGAACAUGCACUCCUAGCCUCAACAACUGUUUAUAUUGGGAAUAUGUCCUUCUACACGACUGAAGAGCAAGUUUAUGAGCUAUUCUCUCGAGCUGGAGAGAUUAAGAAGAUUAUUAUGGGUUUGGAUAAGAAUACUAAAACUCCAUGUGGCUUUUGUUUUGUCAUAUAUUAUUCUAGAGGGGAUGCUGAGGAUUCAGUAAAAUACAUAAGUGGGACUAUUCUUGAUGAUCGCCCAAUUCGUGUUGAUUUUGACUGGGGGUUCCAAGAAGGAAGGCAGUGGGGACGGGGUCGAAGUGGUGGACAGGUGCGGGAUGAGUAUCGCACUGACUAUGAUCCUGGCAGAGGUGGUUAUGGGAAAUUGGUGCAGAGAGAACUGGAAGCACAACGGCAGUUAGUGGAUUAUGGUGCAGGAUCUUUGGAUUCUUUCCAGGCAAUUAUUCCAUCCAAUUAUGGUAGACAAGGCGGAGCCCAUGGACAUGGUGGAUCUCAUAGACAGGGCAGAGAUUACCAUCGCAAGCGGCACCGUGAUGAUGACCGAUAUGCUUCUGAGAUGUCAAAGAGAAGCUCUGACCAUGAAUAUAGGAGAACAUCUGACCCAGAAUCCAGACCGGAGAAGAAUCCACGUUUCCGUGAGAGCGGUGACUCUGAUGACGACGACGAUGGUGAUUAUCGAAGGCGGCGGCGUUAACCAACUCCCCAUUGUUUGUUGUGCUUUUUUACUGUUCACACUAUCUAUAGAUAUGCUCUUGAAUAUUUAGUGGUCUUUUUUGCACAAGAUUGGAAUAGGAAGAUGCAAUGUGAUCUGAUAAACAUUGGUUACUCCGUAAUUUCGAACGUAAAUGUUCGUGGGAUCAGACAGUCUUCUGUCGA